AUGGUGGUGUGUAUUCUUGUGGUCGGUACAGCUGCGGAGCCCGAAAUCUCUUGGGGUCCGGCAUGCAAUCGACAAGCGGCCAUGAUGCCGCCUACCUGUUUCUAUCUCGGUUUGGCCGGACUUUGGUUAGCUGCAGGAGUCGGUGAGACGUCCCAGGAGUGCGACGAUAAUAUUGAACUCUUGCAGCGCAAGCUGUCUCUGGAGUCGCGCAAGCCCCACGUGCUUUUCUUUAUCGCGGACUGCAUGGGCUGGGCAGGUCUCGGAGCCCAUCGAACUGCAGGAAAUGCAGCAGAGGCUCAGGGAAAAGCCGAGACGCAGACCUCUGUUUUGGACGGCCUCAUCCGAGACGGGGUGCUUUUAGAGAGGCACUACACCACCUCAUCGUCCGGGCCGUCCCGGUAUUCUCUGAUUAGUGGUCGUUUGCCACAUAGUUUGCCACAACUAUCAGAGAACAAUCUUUCGAGGCCUGGACAACUGUGGAAUCCAGAAGACAAUGUCUCCGGAUUCGUCGGAAUGCCCAGAAAUAUGACAGGCAUUGGCAGUAAGUUAAAGCAAGGGGGCUACGCCACCCAUUACGUUGGGAAAUGGGCUGCAGGCCACGCCUCUCCCGAGCAUACGCCCUUUGGCAGGGGCUUUGACUCGUUUCUUGGAUAUUUGGGUGCUGGGAAUGGCUACUGGUCGAAAGUAGAAGACCCCCUAGCCGCCGGUCCCGGUAUAUGUCGGAAGAAGUUUCAGGAUUUUUCUCUGUAUAAUGCCACGUACCGCGGCGCCGUGGAUGGGAUGAUUGCUGCAGAACUCGGCUGCAGAAGGAACGUGACAGGCAGUUCGUUCACAAAAUUUGGCUGCGACGAAGAGGAUCUCAAUGAUUGCUUGCCGGACAGCUGUCACGAAGAGUCCAUGCUUCUUGAGUAUGCUAUCAGACUCAUCAAGAGCCACGACUCUUCAAAGCCAUUGUUCCUGACUUACUCGUCGCACCGUGUGCACCGCCCUUACGAAUUCACUGCUUCGGACUCAAAGUUGGAAGCCAAAGUUCAGAAGUCUUUUGAGAAGGCUAAGAUUGCUGGGAAGCUUCCGUGGACCACAGCCCGCAAGGAUAUGGCUGUCAGCCUGGCCUCUGUGGACUUUGUCAUGGGAAGGCUUGUCGAGACCUUAAAAGACCGCGGCAUGUUUGAAGAUACGUUGGUUAUCUUCAUAUCCGACAACGGUGGUGCAACAGAAUUGGGAGCGGGUGCCAAUAACUAUCCGUUGAAAUCCGGCAAGUUUACAGCGUGGGAAGGUGGAGUGCGCACCAACGCUUUCAUCUCUGGAGGUUUCAUCCCGGCCCCAAAUCGUGGAAGCAGUUUCUACGGGGUCAUCCACAUUGCAGACUGGUACGCAACUUUGUGCAAUUUGGCUGGCAUCAGCCAUGUCGAUGAUGUUUCGGCCAAGGCCAAUGAGCAGCUUCGUCUCGAGGGUAGACCACUACUAGCUGAGGUAGAGGGCCGGCCGCAGUUGCAGAAUAUUUUUUCAGGAGUCAAUGGUCGCCCCGACACACUGCAUUUGAGCCCGACCACAGUACUUAAGUGGCCUUACAAACUACUCACUGGGAGGCAGCCCAACAGCUUCUGGCUUGGUCCGGUGUUCCCGAACUGCAGCAGCAGCAAUAUGCCGGCGGACACCUCGACCGAGGACUGCGGCAACGGUUGCCUCUUCAACGUCGAAGUCGACCCAGGCGAGCAUCGGGACCUGUCUGCAAAUGAAGACCACGUUGCUGUGCUGUCAAGCUUGCAAGAAGAGCUGAAGCUGAUGAACUCCAAGACCUUCAGGGCAGACUUUGGCCAGGAACAGGUGCAAGCUUGUGUGCAGUCGUUCCAGCUGGGCGGCUUCAUCGGGCCUUUCGUAGAUGCAGAUGACUUCUACACAACUCAGCAAGUCCCUGGAACAGAGGAGGUGGAGACGUAUAGACAGGAGCUGAUGAACGAGUUCAUAGAGCCACCUUUGAAGGAGAAGCCACCUGAUGAUCUUGGCUGCUUUUACUUGUGA